AUGUUUAGCCAACCCUUCCUCUUUGCAUUCCUGUCUGCGGGUGCAGCAUGGGCUACUCAGGCCCCCUUGGGCUCUGCAAGUGGAAAUGGUUGUCUUUCCUUGUCCAGCGGCAACCACCGAACAGCUUAUGAUACCUGCUGCUCCGGGGGAAGCACAUCCGGCAAAGGAUCUGUCAACGGGGUCGAGUUCACGUACUCCUGUGGAAAAUGGGCCACUGGAUCUAAUAAAUCACCAAUCAAAGGUGUAGAUGCUCGUGAGUGCGCUAAGCACUGUGCUGCCGACACUAAUUGUUUCGCAACUUCAUGGACUCCCAGAGGCCAGUGCUUUUUAGUGACCACUCAGGGCUAUAGCACCGCCUCGGGUAGUAACUUCUUGUUGAUUGAAAAAACUGGCGGUAUAGUCGAUGAGCCGGAACCGGAGAGCGGCUGCGGAAAGCCCGUCGAGGCAGCUAAGACUCAAUGUGAAAAGGAUGCUGCAGCCAGGUGUGAAGUGGAGAAGGCCGCGCUCAGUCAAGCGGAGAAAGUCGAAUGCGAAAAGGAGAUCACCGAGAAGUGCAAUGACGCUGCUGUCGCUGUCGAAGCGUCGAAGGCUCAAUGUGAACAGGAGAAGGCUACUCUCGGUCACGCUGCGAAGGCCGAGUGCGACAAAAGGAUCGCUGAGACUGCGAGUGCUGCUGAAACAUCAAACGCUCAGUGUGAAGCGCAGAAGGCUGCAGUCGCUCGGAUAGAGAAAGCUGAAUGUGAAAGGAGGACGGCGGAGAAGUGCAAGACCCACACUUCCAGUGCUGUCGAAGCCUUAAAGGCUCAAUUCGAACGGACGAAGGCUGAUAUCACCAAAGAUAUGGAAAACAAGUGUGAAGUGGAGAAGUCAAACCAGGCUAAGGAAUGGGAAAUUGCUAAGGCUAAACUCGAAGCUGAGAAAGCAGAGCUUCAGAAAGCACUUGACGCGCUAAAGGUGACAGGCGUUGGAGGAACUGCGUCGCAUGAGCAUGACGGUAGCGAUGUUGCUAGACGGUUGGCGGAGGUCGGCCCUACACCACAAUAUAACAUCUGCCCCCAGUUUGGUGGAAGAGAAUUCACGACGGCCACGUCGUCUGGCAACACUGCCAGGUGGCGCGUCAACUGUAAUAUGUUCGUCAAGGGCCAUUGGUAUGUUGAUCGACAUUGCCCACCUGGUUCGAUUGUUCAGAUUCUACGUGAGAGACAGGAAAACAGGGAAUAUAAGGGUCUCUUCUGGAAUCAUGUCAACAUCUGUCAUGAAGUUAUUCCAACUCCCGGUACUGGAGGGAUGUACCUAAUCAAGACUCCGAACUUCCCUAAUCAUGCGUUUAUUGAACGUAUUGACUAG